AACUUGCAUCUCAUUGUUAUUUACACCCAUCACCAUAUAUCUUCCCUCAUCUCUACAUUUUGACCAAUGUCCGCUACAAGAACCACUCCUCGUACCAAUGGCACUCAGGCACCCUCCGCGGUUUCCCAUUGAUGGUGAUGCCCUGAACGACAGAUCUGCCUUAGAGAACCACGGUCUCGACCUGCCCGGUCGUCCGCUUCCAGAUCAUCCUUCGAUCCACCCGUCGGAAGUCACUUCACGCAAGCGACCUUCCUCCUCUGAAGAUCCACUGGUUGUCCACCCCUUCGCGACGGACUUUGGACCGAAGACUCUCACACGCUUCCUGCGCGAAGAAAUUCUGAAGUUGCAAUCUUCCAUACGCUCUGCAAAAGGCAAGGGCAAAGAGAAGGAAUUACGACAGAAUGUACACCCUGCGACACGCCAUUGGGAGCACUCGAGAGACAUGAGUGAUGAGGCUCGCGAUUCCACAUCGUCGAGUGAAGAUUACUCCAUGGACUUUCAAGUUAAAGGCCCGGGACGAUCUCUCUUGUCCACUGCAUUGAACCCAGCCAGGCGCCGCUCGGAGCGAUUGGCUAAAAAGGAACAAACACAACUGUCCGACCGGGUUGACCCUGCAUCUGGCGAUGUUCCCUGGACACUUCAGUUCGCCACGAGACAGUCACGAGAUGAGGACAUUCCUGGCAGCUGCAGCAGCCGUCGGGUGUCUACAAGCCGACGUGGUCUUAGACCAGCGAGGCCAAACCAAUCCAGCAUUAGCAGUAGCACCAGCGCAAUGCCUGCCACAAGGAGCCAGACGUUCGAUGCAGGAUCACCCAGGAGAGUCAACUUCGAAGAGCAUACCAUGAACAGAAGAAGGGCAGUUAGGAACAUAGCCAUCGUGGAGGCCAAUGAGGGUCUGGAAAACCAUCGAGAUUCGUUGCGACCACCACCUCGGUCUAGAACUGUCGAUGAGUUUCCCAGUUCUUCUACCUCUUUGCCAGAGACAUCAGCAGAUCGAUCUUAUCUUGGUUUCACGAGGUCGCGCCGACCUUCCCUGCCGUCCCCUCCUAAGGCCCGAACAUCUAGCAGAUCGCGUCGGCGUGACGAUCAACGCAACCCCACCGUGCCCAAUCACUCUAAUCCCCCAGGAAAGAAGAGAACAUCUCGCGCGAAAAAGCAAUUGAAGAGUGGCGGUCUGCCAGCCUCAGAUCCAGAAAUCUUUCCAUUGCUUGCUAGUAUGUUCUCCGACAUACAUGCACGGAGAAAGAUAUCCCCAAUCCCGGCACAACUUGGCUCUGUCAUGCCCGACGACGAUACACAACUCUCUCAGCCACUCUUCCAUUUCGAUUACGCAGACACUGUUCCUGAGAAUGUUUCCGCCGGAUUGAAGAGCGACUUCCUGCGCGAUCUACAACGAGUGACUGGGACAGGGGUUCUGGAGAUCAACACAGUGGAAAGGGAAGCCUCAUCAGAGGUACCGAAAGAGUCUCUUGCGAUUCCGUUCACAGUGAAUGGGCCGGGUUAUUCUAGCCCUUCAAGCACAGGCAGUCUCGGUCAGGAGGGCUCAGACAGUACGACGGACAGCAGCCACGAUGGGACUGCGAAUAAGGGUGUGGGUCUGGCGAGCUUUGAUGCUGACAUUUGGAUGAAUAUUGCACACUUUCUUUCCACUGAGGAUAUCAAGAACGUUCGUUUCGUCUCCCGAACUCUUGCGAAUGUAUUGGCCCCGAUCCAGUUUCGCAACAUUGUGAUCAACUUCGACAGAUCAUUUUUCGAUGUCAAUGAGGCUGCUUGGAACACCAAAAGUGGCUCUUUACCAUCGAAUGCCAUGCUGAGGAAGUACGGAGGCGCCAUCAACCAGUUCGGAAUAGCGUUCGAAUAUGAUUUGAACGGACUCGCUCAUGCGAAGGAAAAGGUCAUCGAAAAGGAACAAGUUGCUUGGUUUGGGAGGUUUUUAUGGCCUACCGAGCAGUACCCGCGCUAUCCCAGCUUGCAGGGAAUCGAAGAUUUGGUCGAUCACAACCGACCAUUGCUCAAAGAAGCAUUCAAGCAUGUUACCAAAGCUUCGGAACUUGGAUUGUGCAUUGACAGUGGACAUGGAUGGCUUGAAGGCCCUGAUAUAUCAGACCUCGCUGUUUUUAAUCGACGUAUGGCCAAAGGAAGCAAAGUCUUUGGAAAGACCUUCAAUAGCGAAGAGGCAUGGACGGCUUUGGCUCGCAACCAGUACUUCAACUGGGCGCAACAAAAUACGAUCAAUGAAGCCCUCAAGCUGCUGAGGGAGCGAGCACUUUCUGAAGAAUGGGCGGCCAAGGAAGUUGAUUUCUUGGAGACGCUUCAUAUUCGCGAUUUUGGUAGUUUCCGGCAGCAAAAGGAGCAGGUUGACUUUUGCUCUGGAGCACACGUUGGUGUGUUCGGUCGUGAUCAAGGCCCAUUGGAAGAGGCUUACUUCGACACCCUUGUAGGCCAGUCGACCUACGCCCGAACACAAUGGCCGAUGAUCUUCAAUGGUUAUAACCUGGCUGCUCACUUGGGUGGCCAUGCCACACCUAUCCAGAAUAAGACGGCAAAUCCUCUGCUGGGUCCACUUCUACCUGGAAGCCUCACCGAAGCACAGGCUCAAUGGCUGAUGGAAACCGCGUGGGCACAGCGCGCCUUUCUGUCCGCAUACACCACAGCCGUCAUAACCAACAAACAGAAUUUUCGGGACAUUCAUACCUUGAGGAUUAGCAAGUUGUCGUCUGGCCUUCUUCCGUCGCUCGAACAGCAUGAAUUUUGGAAGUCUUUGCCCCGGUUGAAGACCCUGCAAAUGUUCAUCAGUCCAGAUUGGCGGCAAGAAUAUGUCAUUGGUGAUCGAUCCUACACCACCAACAUGCUCAUCUCACCUGUGAAAGCGGCCCAGAAAUUCACUCAAUUCUUACGGACGCAUAUCGCCAAGAUUGAGAGCCUCCAUAGCCUGACAAUCGGCUAUGCUGGCGGAGGGGAACACGCCGUCGGAAUGUUUGCGCGAAACCAGCAUGUUCUUCCUGCUCCGAUCAUUGAUGACCCCCGUGACUGGCUCCGCGGCGUUAGAGGCGUCAUGACCAAGUUCGACCAUAUCCGUCAUCUCAAGUUUGAGAACUGUUGGUUUACUCCAUGGAUGUUGCAAGGGUUCAUGGAUCAAAGCAAGGACACUAGCCUGCAUUCUCUAGCGCUUGAGUCAGUAAGCAUGGUGCCAUAUCACGAGUUUGGUUUGGACCGGCGUUUGACUACCAUUUCCAGCAAUCUGCAAUGCCUGCACGGUCCGGACUCAUGGUUGCUUGAGACCAUCCCCAACAGCGCAGCUUGGUGUCGAGUUUUGGACGCCAUCACACCAGGCAAAACCUUUCUGGAUCGACAAUACGAGACGGGCAUUUUGAAAGAAGAUGAACAGCCAAAACCCCAAAGAUCAUUCCGCGGCCAUGUCCGACAAAUAACACUCAAGAGCUGUGGCUAUGUUAGAAUCACGCAGCCAAAGAGCACGCAGACAGGUUACAACCAGAAUGGAGCUGUUUCACACGUGGUCAGCCCCAUGGACAAAGGCAUUCAACAACGCAAGGCACGAUUUGAUAAGUCGUUUCCCCCAGCCUAUGCCGAAGAGAACGACAUGGUCGCGAUGAAUGCGAGACGACGUCCUCCGCGGGAUCGGUAUGAUGACCCUGCACAUAACCGCGUCAUGUUGAGUACAAAUGCCCCUGGAGGGGAAGCUUAUCCAUGGCUAGGAACACUGACGCAAUGUGUGCAUCCUAUUGAGAAGAGAGUUUUGGAAGGUGCUUGGGGUAUGACCUUUGGUUGGGGCGAUGAUAUGGCACGUUGGGGUGCGGUGGAAGAUGGCUUCUUUGAAGGUGGCACAGGCCGGUUCAGCGGUGUGAUUGACAAGGAUGGCGAUGGCCUUGGGGAUGACGAUUGAGUCUGAAACGACCAGACCUUCCGAUGAUUGGGAAGUGGUCAGGUCAGGACACAUGCUAGAGUAUGCGAGGCCAUCUAUUCAGGACUUCAACAGGGCAUUCCUGAUCUCUGGUUGCAACGGGCUCGAACUCGAAGGGUACUCCUGCCGGUGGUGAGGGAUUGUGUAAUCUACUCAUGAGCUACGUGCGAGAUCAACAGUGGUAUCCUGCGAAACUGGAUGCUCGAGCUUGCGAUUUCGACUACGAGAAUAAACGUUAUUCCAGUCACGCUUUCUCA